AUGGGGGCAACUUCAUGUUAUGCUCUAAGAGGCCUACCUAAAGAAAAGGCUUGGAGUUUGUUUGUAAAAAUUGCAUUUGAACGAGGUCAAGAACCAAAAAAUAAGGCCUUAGUAGCAAUAGGAGAAAAGAUUGUUGAAGAUUGUGAUGGAUUGCCUCUCGCUAUAAGAACAAUAGGAAGCAUAUUGUACCCUAAUACUUCUGAGAAAAAGUGGCAAUCCUUCUUAGAUAAUGAACUCUCAAAAAUAGAUCAUAAGAUUAAUGUAUAUACACUUAUUAAUCUUUGGGCAGCACAAGGAUUUAUUGUGUUAGUAGGUCCAAAGCAGUGUUUUGAGGAUGUUGGUAGAAAAUAUUUUAUGGAAUUACUUUGGAGGUCAUUUUUCCAAGAUGUAGAAAAUGAUGAAUUAGGCAAUAUAGAAUCGUGUAAGAUGCAUGAUCUCAUGCAUAAUCUUGUAGGUCUUGUGUCUGGAUUGGAAUGUGCCAUAUUAAAUUCAAGUAAGGAAAAUGAUAUUGAAAAAUUACGUCAUGUUUCAUUUAAUCUUGUAGAUUUAUCAAUGCAAUUUUCAAUACCCAUGCUUAAUGGAAGGAAGAUACACACAGUUCUAGUAUCUAGUGUAGGUGGGAACUUGGGUAACUUAACUCGUGAUGCACUCAUUUCAAAUUUUAAGUAUUUACGCACAUUGGAUUUGAGUUAUCUAGGACUACAUGUAGGGCCGCGUUCAAAUGGGAAAUUGAAGCAUUUAAGAUACCUUGAUCUUUCUAGAAAUUAUGAAAUUAAAAAUCUCCCUAAUUCCAUUACUAAGAUGCUGAAUUUGCAGACACUAAUACUACGAAAUUGUGAUUCGCUUAGAGAAUUACCCAAGGGCAUUAAAAAGUUGGUCAAUCUCUGGUUUCUAGAUAUUACAAAUUGCAGACAAUUAAUUAAUAUGCACACAAUCACAAAAAUUAUAGCUUACAAGGAAUUGACAUAUAUGCCCCUUGAAAUUGGACACCAUACUUAUCUUGAGACAAUACUACCAUUCGUUGUUGUGAGAAAGGAAAGUUCUGGGGCUAGCAAUUGUGGUUCGGAUAAGAAAAAAAAGGCCAAGUCCAAUGGUGGGCUAAGUGACUUGAAGGGACUACGCAACUUGGGAGGAAACUUAAGAAUUGAAAAGUUGGGACAUGGAAAAGAUGAGGUUCAGGAAUGUAAUGAUACAAAUUUAAAGGAUAAACAACAUCUUCAAGAACUUAUAUUAUGGUGGGAUUUGUGGAAUGGAGAAAGCAAAGGUUAUGAUGAAAUGUUGGAAGGGCUCUACCCACAUCCAAAUCUUAAAGCUUUGGAAUUGUGGUAUUAUGUGGGUGUGAGAAUUCCAAGUUGGGUCUCUCCUCUCACUAAUCUUGUUAAGUUUGAAUUAAAUCAAAAUAGGAGAUUGCAGCACAUCCCAUCGUUAAAUCAACUCUCUUUUCUCAAGUCUAUCUCUCUUUGGGGAAUGGAUGCACUUGAAUACAUAUCAGAUGAAGACAGUAUACGUGAUCCACGGCCCCUCGCGAUCCAAACCCAGGAAGCUGGUCUCCACCUGAAUUAUCACGCGCCCCUACGCGCCAAAACGAGCUCCGGAAAAUUCCCACUCGCCGCCUCAGAUUCAUCACUUUCAAAUCGUCUUCUUGGUACAUGCGCCACAGUGACGGCCUCCUUGUCCACCGAUCUACAGAACCUGAAAUUAUGGGCCUCAACCGAGCUUACACGUGCCUCCACGCGCCUCCUAAGUUUCUGGCUUCUCCUCCACGCGCCGGUGACAUCGCACGCUCCUGCCAGUGGUAGAAAACUAUUGCUAAUGUCAUCUGACGUCACCGAAUGA